AUGGAUACAGUCAUCACGUCCACAGGGGCAAGGUCUCCAAUCUACACUCGGGACCAGCUGGAGCAGUACUUUGACCGGAUUCAUCUCCCCAGGGAUAGUCGGGAGUAUGAUGUCUCCUCGGCACCGGCCCAAAAAGUACUGGAAUACCUUGGCCUUGUGCAAAAGUUCCACCUGGCCGCGGUGCCCUUUGAAAACCUAUCGUUGCACUACUCGCAGCAUCAUAAGAUCACGCUGCAUCCAGAUGAGUUGUUUAAGAAGAUCGUACUCACCCCUGGGAGAGGCGGUUACUGCAUGGAGGCGAAUGGUCUGUUCUCGACAGUGCUGCGAUCACUGGGAUAUCAGCUGUAUACCGCUGGAGCAAGGGUCAACGACGGCGGCGGCUUCAAUGGGUGGAGCCACAUGAUCAGUCUUGUCACUAUCGGAGACAAUAAGUACAAGGUGGACGUGGGAUUCGGGCCGAACGGGUCCACGCGUCCUCUGUUGUUGAAUCAUGAAAAGCUGGUCUCUACUCAUAUCGCUCCGGCCUCCAUGCGGCUUGUUUGGAAGAAUAUUCAAGAGAAUACAGAUCCAGCACAACGCCUCUGGGUCUACCAACACCGCAUCAAUGACAACAGCGACUUUCAGGACAUGUACUGCUUUACGGAGCUUGAGUUCCUCCCGAACGACUACAACGUGAUGAACUUCUUUACCAGCACGAGUCCGACGACAUGGUUCACUCAGAAGAUUGUCUGCGCAAAGAUGAUACUGAACAAGAGCGAAGAGCUCAGUGGGCAAGUCAUCUUGGGGGACGGGUUCAAGCGACGCGUUGGCGGUAAGACGGUCGAGGAGCGGAAAUUCAAGAACGAAGAGGAAAGGCUAGAGUGCCUCAAGGUCGUCUUUGGCAUCCGCUUCAGCGAGGGCGAACGGGAUGGCAUCAAGGGGAUGGUUUCUGAGCUUGAUGCUGCGCAGAGCGGCAUCUAG